CCGACUGUUGAGGGGACAGUAAUUGUCUCUUGAUAAAGUCAUUUUGUGAACGUCUUGUCAAUAAUUCUCAUUUAGAGAAAAGGAAACGGUGAGAUUCUUUUGAUUAGCUCUUAUUUUUUCGUGAUCGAUGCCAAAACUACGCGACGGCUCUAGUUUGUGUACGGCGAGAAGUGAAACCGCUCGACGUCAAGUCAUUCGACCCUUCGUGUGCUCAACUUUUAAGGAUUUUCAUGCGGAACGUGACUUCUUGCAAGAGAAAAUAUUCCCUCAGCUAAACAAGAUAUGUAACGAGCGUGGUACGUCGUUUAUUCCCGUUGAUUUGCGCUGGAACAAGAGUCAAUCCCAGCAAAAUAGUGAACAUGUUCUCCGCUUAUGUUUGGACAGUAUCGGACGAUGUGCUCCGUUUUUCAUUUGCUUGUUGGGAGAUAGGUACGGUGUUCAUAGAGCUGCGGAGUCUGAAGUGAAGGAUCCUGCUACAGAAGAAUGGCUGGACAAGAACUUUGAGACGGCUGCUGCUUGUGGAUACGAAUGGUUACUUGAAGAAGACAACAGAUAUAACAGCAUCACUGAGUUGGAAAUUGUACAAGCAUCCUUCCGCAAGAAAUAUGAUUAUGGUUACUUCUAUUUCCGCAACCCCACCCAUUUGGAGGAAAAGCUUCAGGACAUUGAUCCCAGCCAGAAAGAAAGUGUUUCGACAGUUUACAAGCCAGAGAGUGAAUAUGCUGCAAGGAAACUGAGGGAACUGAAACAACAGACCAUUGAUACAGAGUUGCCCGUACGCCACUAUACAACUCUACAGGAGCUGGGUGAUCUGCUAAUCAAAGAUUGGAUGGCAGUCAUUGACUUGUUGUACCCUCCAAUCGAUCCACAUGUGUUCAGGAGCACAGAAUCAGAAGUCUUCCGUGAGUGGUCUGCUCACGAGGCCUUUGCUGAGGCCCGACGACAGGUAUUUGUGAGGACACCAAGGAUCAGAGAGAUGGUAGAGGUGCUUAGCCUCCAUGCGGAGGUUGAACAGGGAAUUAAAAGAAGAAGCAGUAUGAUGGUACCUUCUGCAGUACUGGGGACUUUCAUGACUAGUCUUCCUGGCAGUGAGAAGGAGACCCUUCCACCUGUGUUGGUGCUUGCAGGUGAGAGUGGCUGCGGUAAAUCUACCCUCGUUUCCCAUUGGCUCAAACUAAUCACUGCUAGUCAUCCCCAACUCGUCACCAUUCCUCACUUUGUCGGCUGUGAUUCCGGUAGUACUGACGUCACCAACUUCAUGCGCCGCUGCACAAGUGAACUGCGGCUUCAUUAUCUUGAUUCCGACCUCGAUGACUCCAACGACAUUAAAGAUCUCAGCGACUUCACGCGUGUCACUGAGGCGUUUAGGGCGGCUUUAACGCUUGGGCCGUCUGUCAUUGUUUUAGACGGAGGAGACCACUUGGGGCAUGCUUUGGACGUCCCCGCAUUUACAGUAAAAGAGAUGCAAUGGCUUCCAUCCUGCGUUCCAGUCUCCUGCAGAGUCAUUAUUACUACGACCAAAUCUGAUAUGACCUAUCGUGCUCUCUCACAGCGUAAAGAUGUCAACUGCAUCGACGUGCCUCAUUUGUUUGAUGUUAGAGGAAAGACUGACCUGAUAAGGGAGUAUGUAGGGUCAAACUACAAUUUUUUAGACUCAUCCCGGAUUUCCAAGAUUACUUCCUCUAGCCUGGCGCAUCUUCCGUUGUAUUACGUUGCGCUGGCUUGUGAAUUGCGUGUUUUUGGUGCGCACAAGAACGCCGAGAAGUUAUUGGAGUCAUAUGUACACGCGUCAACCCUAUUUGAUUUGUGGAGUUUGAUAUUUCGUCGUUGGACCCACGAGUACGGUUGGUUGCGUCCAGCGGUUUCUAGAGGCCCUGUUCCCGCCAUAAAGGCGCAGGUGUCGCGUGAUCGUAUGAAUAGUGGCUGGGUGGCUGACGUGCUAAGGCUCUUUGUCCUAUCACGUGAGGGUUUAUCUGAACACGAGGCUUUAAGCGCCUUAAUGAUCAUGGGAUACGUGAGGAACUAUGAAGUAACUAUGGCUCAUUGGGAAAUGCUCCGUUUGAUUGCAGAACACGUGCUUAUUGAAAUGCCGUCUGGGUUGUUGACUUUCCCUCACCAGUCCGCUCGCGGUGCCAUAGAAAUUGCCUUGCUGGGUAAUCUGACCUCCCCAUCCCAGGAGCGCCCGGUCUCACCCCUAUUUAAAGGGAGCUGGGAGCGACAGAAACAGCAGGGUCACACAGUUCUCACGAGUCUCUUUUCCACACAGCCUUCAUCCGGGCGCACGAUGGACGAAUUACCAUGGCAACUCAACAUGGGUGGAAACAUGGAGGCAUUGUGUAAAACGAUUUGUGAGCCGAGGGUAUUCGUGAGGCUCCUAAACUCAUCAAGUGAAAAACGAAGAAAAAUCGAUCUUCAGUCAUACUGGAGAGUUUUAAAAAAGGCGAAUCGGAAGCCUGAAGAGGUUCUCUAUCAAAUGGCAAUUCAAUCGUCAGAGAGACUGCAAGAUGAAUCCAAGGAAGUUACUACUCGAGAAGUCGGAUCUGCCUCGUCUAAAACGAACGAUUCUUCGGCCAUUGAUAAGUUAUGCCGAAAGGCGAACGAUGAUGCCUUGUCUCAACUCGAAAUAGCGCUCGUGCACUAUUUCGCAGGGAAAUUUCUGGGGGAAAACGGUCACGAUCAGAUGGCACACACCUUUCUUUUGAACGCCUACAAGAUGGCUUAUCCCGUGAUCUCAGUAAAGGACAUUUACUUGAUGUGCGAUAUACAGGAGUCAUUGGGGAAUUUUUAUCUUAAACUGUCUGAGCCAAGCAAGGCGGCGUUUUGGUUUAACGGUGCAUUUAAGUCUGCAGGGGAAAUGGCUCGUACUUCCGAUUUGGUUGAACACGAAGCUCUAAUUGGUCGUCUUCUGAAUUGUAUCGCACUCUGCCAGUUACCAAGUCACGUGCCUCUCCCACCGGAAGUCCACAGCCGAUCACGAGCACCUACUCGUAGUGGAAGAGUGAAGACACCGAAUUCCGGAAGAGAACGAGAAAAGACAGAGGAGAUGGGAUCAGGGAACAUUGGCACCAUUUUGGAUGAAGCAUUGAGGCAUAUGAAAAUUGCUCAAAUGUUUCCUGGCCAAAGCAGCGUUUAUUCUCAUAUGGGAUUGUUAGCUGCAAGGCAGAGGCGAAGGGAAGACGCAGAGUCCUUAUUCCGCAAAUCACUCAGUAUGCGCGAACAGUGGUAUGGCUCGUGUCAUCCACUGGUUGCUGAGAUUUAUGAUGCAUUGGCCUCGCUUUCAUGUUCAGACGCAGCAGAAUCCCCGGAUGUCGCCACAGCGGAGGAAAUGUUUCGCCGAGCUUUGCACAUGCGUGAAGAUCUCUUGGGACAAUCACAUUUACUGGUCGCGAAUACAUUAUUCAAGUUAGGGAAGCUUCUUCAAGCUAAAGGCACGAAAGAUGCUAUAAGAGAAGCAAAGUUACUUUUCCAGCGCGCAUUGGACAUACGCACGUCAAAACAAGGCGUUUAUCACGCAGAGACCAAGACAAUCAGACGCGCACUCAUGUCCCUGGAAACUGUUGAUGUAGGCGCCAAGUUUAGUGGAAAAGGAAGCGGGAAAGAGAAAGAGCUGCUUGCUUUAGAAGGCGUCAGAAGUCGACCGUUAACUAAGGCGUCUUCGAGAGUUGAUUUCCGCCAGGCCAGUGCGUCUCAAUAUUGAUUCUGAGUUCUUGCUAUCGUCAAGGUUUGGAUUCCGGUAGGAAACUGCUCAGCAGCUGCUACGUACAUCCCAUUGUCACUGACUAAGGAUUGUCAUGAGGGAACAAACUUACGUAACCUUCACAACGACCUGACCCUCUUUAAAAUGUGAAAAUUCAACCUCGAGUUCAAUUUUUCUACAUGUACGAAUCAGCCAACAAAACAACAGUAGUACUAAUUUUGCCUCAGCGAAAAUUUAACCAGGAAACCCCAACUAACAACGUUUCCAGGAUCUCUCGUCUUCCCCAUAGAGCGAGACCCUGGGUGCGAAGUAGAACUGGCUGGAAUUGUUACCAUCCCUCCCCCCCAUAAUAUUACUUGUAUGUCUUGUUCAAAUCUUUCAUAAGUCAAGGAAAUUGAAUGUAAUUCAAGAUGUACAUACUCAAGACAGUUUCAUAUAAAUGAAUUUUUAUUAACCUUGUCUAAAACUAUUCUUUUCAAGAAUGCAAUUCACAGCACAAGAAAUUUAACCAAUAAGGUGGCACGCGCAGACAAGGGAAUCAACUUCAGUAGAGGUUCAGGGAAAAUAUCUAUCUUUUGUAACGCCGAUUUUAUUGUUUUUGUAUACGAAAUUACAAGAUUCUAAGUGACUUGGUGAAACAAAAACAUGAAGCAGCUUACAAAAAAAGCAUCUCCAAUAUAUUUUUCCCGAAAAUCUGACGUCUUUCUUAUAAAUAUACUCAUUCCGAAGAGGCUUAGGCCGCCAUAUUUUUGUACAACCGCGACAAACAGCACCAUCUCUCGAACGCAUCCAAACUGUAAUAAAGUCUAACAAAGUUCUUAAGUAUUC